CAGGAGGAUGCUUAAGCGCUUCUGAGGUUUGUUUUGAUGUCCAUGAUUCUCUGCAGGACGUGGGAGAAAGAAAAAAAAAAAAUCAUCCCGACUUCAUUUGGACGCUUUGCGCAUUGCGUAAUUGGCGAAGAAAUGCGCGUGUGCUUCAGAUAAGCUCCACAUGAUGUUGGGACUCCCCUCUCCUGUGUGGCAGCACCGUGUCUGUUGUAAACACAGAGGAUGAGCGUGUGUAGAAUGUUCGGGAACACUCGGCACCAGGUGAUGCUGCUGCUGCUAUCGACGCUCGGCUGGAUGUUUGUGGCUGUGACGCAGAGCGGAGCAGUCUCCAGAUGUGUGGACCGGGCCUGCAGUCCACCCAUAGGGAACCUGGCCAGCGGCAGGACCAUCAGCACCCUCUCCAGCUGCUGUGGGAACUGCUCCCUCCUCCCUCACCUCUGCCCCGAGGACGUUCACCCACCUGCUCACAUGACCGACGACCCUUUCUUGCAUCCACAGACCUGGUGGGCAUCAGGUGCAGGUAGCACCGCCACGAAGGAGCAGCACGACGAGAUCCGGUUGGAUCUGGAAACGCGGUUCUGUCUGUCCCAUGUGGUUCUGGUGUUCAGGUCGCCCCGGCCUUCAGCCAUGGCCAUUGAGCGUUCUGCUGACUCUGGGAAGACGUGGGAGCCUCUUCAGCUAUUUGCACAAAACUGCAGCGCGGAGUUCGGUUUGCCUGAUGAUUCUUUGUGUACAUCACGUUACACCAGUGCGACUCCCUGCAGUGGUGGAGAGGUCAUAUUACGGACCCUCGACCCCAGCAGUGCGGAAACACGAGACCCUUACAGCGCAGCGACGCUCGCCCGCCUCACACUUACUAACCUCCGCAUCAGACUGCUGAAAUCUCAGAGCUGCUCUGCACCCCCGACUCCCCCUACAGGACGGACUAGCCCCACAGCAUCACCUCUGACCUCCACAUCCACGACAGAGAACACAACUUAUGCCAUUUUUUCUUUAUUGGCCAAAGGGACCUGCCUGUGCCACGGACAUGCCGAGUACUGUGUUCCAUACAACAGCAGCCAAGAAUCACAACAGGACAGUAACAUGGUGUUUGGUAGGUGUCUGUGUACUCACCACACAGCGGGGGAUCACUGCGGAGAGUGCGCCCCGCUAUACAACGAUCGUCCCUGGAGGCCCGCCAACGGCAGCAGCGGGGAGCCCAACCCCUGCCAGAAGUGCGAGUGUCACGGUCACUCAGACAGCUGUCACUUCUCUCACCGGGCAUGGCUGUCGUCCGGCGGCACCAGCGGCGGCGUCUGUGACGACUGCCGGCACAACACCACCGGACGCCGGUGCCAGCGCUGUCGCCAUGGCUACCACCGCCACCUGUCCCUGCCCCUCAGCUCCGCCCAUGCCUGCACACGCUGCAGGUGUGAUCCACACGGCUCUCUUCCUCCUCGACCUGACGAGGAAGGACCAUGGUGUCAUCCCAGGACUGGACAGUGCCACUGUAAACCAGGCGUCGGAGGCAGAAGCUGCAGCCACUGCCUGCCUGGUUACUGGGGCUUUGGAGACAAAGGCUGUGAACCCUGCGUCUGCCCUCUCAGCUGUGAUCCUAUAAGCGGGCAGUGUUUCGACAGUUACUUAGAUAAUCAGGUGUUCAACGUGCCCAUUGGUGGAAAAAUCCCUGAUCGGGAUUAUAUGCUCCCACUCGAAGACGUACAUUGGUCAAAGGAGCUUGCGGUCUCUGCUCUGCAUUACACAGGAAAGUGCAGUUGCAAGGAGAAGAAACUGAGAAGUGUGUCUGACCUCUGUAAGACCAAACAUGACUAUGUGAUCAAGGCCAGCGUGCUUUCCGCUCAUGACAAAGGCAGCCACGCAGAAGUACAAGUCAAAGUCCGCAAGGUGCUUCGAUCAGGACAGGUGGCGCUACACCCAGGGACGAUCAGCAUCUACCCUCUGUCCUGGACCAGCCGCGGCUGCACCUGUCCAAUACUCAACCCAGGUAUGGAGUACCUGCUCGCGGGUCCCGAAGAGGCUGGAACAGGACGUUUGCUGGUCACCAUGCAAAGCGUCGUGGCCCCCUGGACGCCUCGACUGGGUCUGCUUAUUUCAGAAGGCCUGAGGAACGGAUGCAGUCCUUCAGCGGGACUCUGUGAUGGACAAACUCCAGAGAAAUGCAAAAUAAACUCAAAAUCCAUGAGUCAACAGACAGUUCAGAAACAAGACUGAAAUAAAUCAAUAAAAAUCACUGGACAUCAUCAUCCAUGACAGAAUAUUCAAGAAACAAAACUCGUGGUGACUCUAGAAGAGAGAUACGAAAUGUGUGCAUUUGUGUAACAUAAACUAAAGACUGGAAGGUCAGAUUAUAUAAACUGUCCUCAGCCGUUUUUAGACAUGAACUCUGGAGAUUUGGGUACAGAAUUUGUCUGGAGUUUAAGUUACAGGAGACAAACACGGUGGAGAAGCAAAUGACAAAGUGACUCCUGGACACUCUCUCCAUUCUCUCCGCUGUGGAUUCUGUGUCAUUUCUCCUACUGUUUUCUUACAUAAACUCACUGCGACAAGAACUGGAGAUUAUACAGCAGCAGCAUCGCGGACCUGGUGACGGAAUCUCCGGAGCGAUGUCUGCAGACAUUUGAAAUCACACAGACACUCCAGAAGUUCAGUGCAUGUCUGAAAGCAGUUUAUCUAGUGUGGUGUACAUAAAAUGAAAAGUCUUACAUGUAUACAUAGCCUUUUUCCCCCCAUAUGUUGGAUCCAGUUAAGUCCUUAACUUUUUUUUUUUUUUUUUUUUAACAACAAGCACCGUACAGACAUGUGAGCUGUUAAGCUAUACAGAAAAGUAAAAGUCAAAUUUUGUCUGUAAGGUUUUCAAACUUUUGUAAUAAAAGGUAAAUAAUA